GGGCUGGGCUGGGCUGGGCUGGGCUGCUAGACCGACAACGCAGGGGCAAGGGCAGAACAGAGGGAGCUGAGGGAGGGCCCGACCAGAGGCCCGGUGCCUGGAGCUAGCGGGAGCCGGACCCAGAGCUCCCACGGCUUCCCCUUCCCUGGGCCGGGUCAUGCGCUGCCCCAAGUUCCUUCUCUGCCUGUCAGCACUGCUCACGCUCCUGGGCCUCAAAGUGUACAUCGAGUGGACAUCGGAGUCCCGACUUAGCAAGGCCUACCCCAGCCCCCGGGGUACCCUGCCAGGCCCAACGUCAGCCAGCCUCGAGCCCACCCUGCCUGCCAACCUCUCGUCCCGUCUGGGGCAGUCUGGCCCGCUGCCCUUGGCUUACUGGAACCAGCAGCAGUGGCGGCUGGGGUCCCUGCCUCGUGAGGACGGCACUGAGGCAGGGGGCUGCCAGGCUUGGGGGACUGCCGCUGCUGCCGAGAUCCCUGACUUUGCCUCCUACCCUGAGGACCUUCGCCGCUUCUUGCUGUCAGCAGCCUGCCGGAGCUUCCGGCAGUGGCUGCCUAGAGGUGGUGGUGGCCAAGUGGCCAGCUGCUCGGAUAUCCAUGUGCCCUACCUGCUGCUGGCCGUCAAGUCAGAACCGGGGCGCUUUGCAGAGCGACAGGCUGUGAGGGAGACGUGGGGCAGUCCAGCUCCUGGGAUCCGACUGCUCUUCCUGCUGGGAUCCCCGGUGGGUGAGGCGGGGCCUGACCUAGACUCACUGGUGGCCUGGGAGAGCCGUCGCUAUGGUGACCUGCUGCUCUGGGACUUCCUUGAUGUCCCCUUCAACCGGACGCUCAAAGACCUACUGCUGCUGGCCUGGCUGGGCCACCACUGCCCCCAUGUGAAUUUUGUCCUGCAAGCUCAGGAUGAUGCCUUCGUGCACACCUCAGCCCUGCUGGAGCACCUUCGGACCCUGCCGCCCACCUGGGCCCAAAGCCUCUAUCUGGGUGAGGUCUUUACCCAGGCCACACCCCUCCGGAAGCCUGGAGGACCUUUCUAUGUGCCUGGGUCCUUCUUUGAAGGCGGCUACCCGGCCUACGCAAGCGGGGGUGGUUAUGUCGUCGCAGGGCGCCUGGCACCCUGGCUGCUGCGGGCAGCAGCUCGUGUGGCACCCUUCCCCUUCGAGGACGUCUACACUGGCCUUUGCUUCCGUGCCCUGGGCCUGGUGCCCCGAGCCCACCCUGGCUUCCUCACAGCCUGGCCAGCAGACCGCACCAUGGAUCACUGCACUUUCCGCAACCUGCUGCUGGUGCGGCCCCUCAGCCCCCAGGACAGUAUUCGGCUCUGGAAACAACUGCAGGACCCACGGCUCCAGUGCUAAGCCUCGGGGGGGAGGAAGGGCAGGGCUGGGCUGACCUGGUCUGAGCCCCGGACUGGGCCUCCACCAUCUGUCUCUUGCUCAGCCCCUGCUUCCAGAUCCUGAUGUGAGGGAGAAGGGCCUAGCACCUGGACUGUUUGAGCCACUCCUGGGCCUCCCCAGUCGAGGGACUGGGCAGGCGGAUGAGGAGGCGGA